CGGCCAGGCGUCCUCCCCUGGAGUUAGUGGAAAAAUGGUGUCCCCCGGAACUGACUUCCGGCCUCCAGAACCGGCUUCCGGUCCCGCCGGAAGUGACGUGAGAGGCCGGUGGCUCCGUCUCGGCGGAGGGCGAGGUGACCCCGGUGUGCGUGGCCGCCGCAGCCAUGGGCCUCCACUUUGGGAAUCUGACGCGGAUGCGGCACAUCAUCACCUACAGCUUGUCGCCCUUUGAGCAGCGCGCCUUCCCGAACCUCCUCAGCAAGGGGAUCCCCAACGUGCUGCGCCGCACUCGGGGGUCCAUUCUGCGCGUGACGCCGCCAUUUGUAGUGUUUUAUCUUGUCUACACAUGGGGAACCGAGGAAUUUGAGAAAUCCAAGAGGAAGAACCCAGCUGACUAUGAAAAUGACAAAUGAGCAACCCAUCUGCAUGACAGUUCCUGCUUCUGAAAAACUUCUUUGAGAGAGGAGUCUGUAUUUUAAUUUCUUGAAGACACAAUAAACUUCCUAUGGGCUGUG